AUGUUAGGCUAUGCAUUGAGCAGCUUCAGUGAGGUGACGGCCAGUCAAUGCUCUUUGGACUACCCUUUCGACUCCUGUCCGAGGCCUGGUGAUUUGACUACAGACACACUGUGUUGCAUCUCUAACCAUAGAUACUCGUGCUGUAAUAAGCAUCUCAUUGAGGCAUGGGCCAUUGUAUUGUUAGUGGGUGCAUGUGUGUUGAUCAUUGGAACUGUAGUCACUCUUGUCUUUUGCUGUUGUGGUUGCUGCCCGAGGAAGAAGCGGAGGGAAUACACUGUGAUCCAAGGCUCUAUUGCUCCCGAGUCUCAGCUCCAACCAGGGGUUGUGGUUGUUACCGCUCCACCGAGCCAGUAUGGGUACCGUACUAUGGGCUACAAUCCCUCAUUGCAACCACCACCGCCACCGCCAUCCUACAUGCCACAACAGUACACAGCACAACCCACAGCACAACCCACAGCACAACCCACAGCACAACCCACAGCACAACCCACAGCACAACCCACAGCACAACCUACAGAAGAGGCGGUGACAAAAACUAACACAGACACAGAGGCUAGGGAAGCAGACACUCGCCUUUAGAAAUUGAAACAAUGGAUGAUAAGUUCUAAAAGGCAGUAGACUCUAUUGGUAAUUGUCAAAGACUAGCCUUCACAGUUGGUGUA